CGCGUUUCUGGCGGCAGUCAGCGGUGGCUUCCAGAGUCUGAGGAGGCUCCUUCACAGCCAUGGCUGAGGGUGGAGAAGGGGAGGAUGAGAUCCAGUUCCUGAGAACUGAUGAUGAGGUGGUGCUGCAGAGCGUGGCCACCAUCCAAAAGGAGCAUCGCAAGUUCUGCCUGGCCGCAGAGGGACUCGGAAACCGUCUGUGUUACUUGGAACCCACCUCUGAAGCUAAGUAUGUUCCUCCAGACAUGUGUAUUUGUAACUUUGUGCUGGAGCAGUCCCUGUCGGUCCGAGCCCUGCAGGAGAUGCUGGCUAACACCGGACAAAGCAGCGAAGGGAGUGCUGACCAUGAAAAAUGGGCGGGUCAGGGGGGUGGACACCGGACCCUGCUCUACGGUCACGCCAUCCUGUUACGCCACUCCUUUAGUGGCAUGUACUUGACCUGUUUGAAGACAUCCAGGUCUCUGACAGAUAAGCUGUCAUUUGAUGUGGGGCUGGAGGAAGACUCAAUAGGAGAGUCCUGCUGGUGGACGAUUCACCCUGCGUCCAAGCAGAGAUCAGAGGGAGAGAAAGUUCGCAUCGGAGACGAUCUGAUUCUCGUCAGCGUGUCAACUGAGAGAUACCUGCAUCUCUCCAUUUCUAGCAGCAACAUUCAGGUGGACGCCUCCUUCAUGCAGACUCUGUGGAAUGUGCAGCCUACCUGUUCUUCAAGCAACAUGGCUGUAGGGUAUUUGAUUGGUGGGCAUGUGAUGCGUCUGUGUCACGGUCACGAUGAGAGCCUGACCAUUCCUGGAGCCGACAGAAGUGAGGAAGAGCAAAGAAUAGUGAACUAUGAAGCAGGUAAAGGAGCUUCAAAAGCCCGCUCUCUGUGGAGACUGGAGCCUCUCCGGGUCAGCUGGAGUGGGAGCCACAUUCGAUGGGGUCAGCCCUUCCGUCUGCGCCACCUCUCCACCGGUCGUUACCUGGCGUUGACUGAGGACAGUGGUCUGGUCCUGCAGGACAGAGAGAAGUCCGACACCAAGGCUACUUCUUUCUGCUUUAAGCCAUCUAAGGAAAAGGGCGACUCCGGUGUAAAGAGGGACAUCGAUGGGAUGGGAGUCCCAGAGAUCAAGUACGGCGACUCGGUCUGUUUUGUCAUGCAUGURGCAACAGGGCUGUGGCUUUCUUACCUGGCACCUGAUGCCAAAUCAUCUCGCCUUGGUCCCCUGAAAAGAAGGGCCUGCCUUCACAUUGAGGGCCACAUGGAUGACGGCCUCAUCCUCCAGCGCUGUCAGCAUGAAGAGUCUCGAGCUGCUCGCAUCAUCCGAAACACCACAUUCCUCUUCAAAAACUUCAUCAAAGCUUUGGACAGCGCCGCAGAGAGUGAGAGCAACGCCGUGGCCGGGUACGUGGAAGAGGUGCUGCAGACCCUGAACGAUCUGAUCGAGUACUUCAAGCAGCCCGAUUCAGAGCUGGAGCACGAGGAGAAACAGUGUCUGCUCCGUUCGCUCAUCAAACGUCAGGACCUCUUCAAAGAGGAGGGUAUGCUGACCCUCCUGUCCAAAUGCAUCGACCGGAUGAACCUGUACAACAGUGCAGCACAUUUUGGAGAGAUGGCCGGGGAGGAAGCUGGUGCAGCGUGGAAGGACAUUCUCAACCUCCUUUAUGAACUCUUGGCUGCACUGAUUCGUGGGAACAGGAACAACUGCACCCAGUUCUCCCGGAACUUGGACUGGUUGGUCAGCAAACUGGAGAGACUGGAAUCCUCAUCGGGAAUUCUGGAAGUCCUUCACUGCAUCCUGAUAGAAAGUCCGGAGGCCCUUCACAUCAUUCAGAAAGGACACAUUAAAUCCAUCAUCUCUCUGCUCUACAAGCAUGGACGCAACCACAAGAUCCUGGAUGUUCUGUGUUCCCUCUGUGUUUGCAAUGGAGUGGCAGUGAGAACCAAUCAGAAUCUGAUCUGUGACAACCUGCUUCCUAAGAGAGACCUGCUGCUUCAGACCCGACUGGUUAACGAUGUUCAAAGUAUCCGACCCAACAUUUUCCUGGGCAUCGCUGAAGGUUCUGCUCAGUAUAAGAAGUGGUACUACGAGCUGGUCAUCGAUCAGGUGGACCACUUUGUAACCGGAGAGCCGACACACCUGCGUGUAGGCUGGGCCAACACUAAAGGCUACGCUCCGUACCCCGGUGGAGGAGAGGGUUGGGGGGGUAACGGUGUGGGCGAUGACCUGUACUCCUACAGCUUCGAUGGACUCCAUCUAUGGUCAGGUCGAAUCCCGCGAGCCGUGGCCUCCAUUAACCAGCAUCUGCUGAACUCGGACGACGUGGUCAGCUGCUGUCUGGACUUGGGCGCCCCCAGCAUGUCCUUCAGGAUCAACGGGCAGCCUGUGCAGGGCAUGUUCGAGGACUUCAACACCGACGGGUUCUUCUUCCCCGUCCUCAGCUUCUCUGCAGGUGUCAAAGCCCGUUUCCUGUUGGGCGGACGCCACGGAGACUUCAAGUUCCUGCCGCCCGCCGGUUACUCUCCGUGCUACGAAGCCCUCCUGCCAAAAGAAAAGAUGCGCGUAGAGCCUGUGAAGGAGUACAAACGGGACCACGACGGGGUCCGCGAUCUUCUGGGAACCACCCAGUUCCUCUCUCAGGCCUCCUUUAUUCCCACUCCUGUUGACACCAGCCAGAUCGUUCUUCCUCCUCACCUGGAGAACAUCCGCGACAAGCUGGCAGAAAACAUCCACGAACUCUGGGGGAUGAAUAAGAUUGAACUGGGCUGGACUUACGGCAAGGUUCGUGACGACAACAAGAGGCAGCACCCUUGCCUCGUGGAUUUCACCAAACUGCCUGAAACUGAAAAGAACUACAAUCUGCAGAUGUCCAGCGAAACACUCAAGACCCUGCUGGCACUUGGCUGCCAUGUUGCUCAGAUUAAUAUUCAUGCCGAAGAUGAUCUGAAGAAAAUCAAAUUGCCUAAAGACUACUUGAUGUCUAACGGAUAUAAGCCUGCGCCACUAGAACUCUCUGAUGUGAAACUGACUGCGGGUCAAGAGGUUCUAGUUGAUAAACUGGCUGAAAACGCUCACAACGUUUGGGCCAAAGACAGAAUAAAACAAGGCUGGACCUAUGGCAUCCAGCAGGAUUUGAAGAGCAGACGUAAUCCUCGCCUGGUGCCAUAUGCUUUAUUGGACGAACGCACUAAGAAAUCUAACAGAGACAGUCUGAGAGAAGCCAUUAGGACCAUCGUUGGAUAUGGAUAUGAAAUCGAUCCUCCGGACCAGGAGGUUGUGCAUGCAUUAGAUGGUGAGAGCAUCGAGACCAUCCGCUUCUUCCGCGUGGAGCAAACGUACGCCGUGAAGACGGGGAAGUGGUAUUUUGAGUUCGAGGUCAUAACAGGAGGUGAUAUGAGGGUGGGCUGGGCCAGACCGGGAUGCAGACCCGACGUGGAGCUGGGCGCAGAUGACCAAGCCUAUGUCUUUGAUGGAUUCAGGGGUCGGCGAAUGCACGCCGGCAGCCGCUACUUCGGACAACCUUGGAAAAAGGGCGACGUCGUUGGUUGCAUGAUCAAUAUGGAGGAUAAAUCCAUGAUUUUCACCCUGAAUGGAGAGCUCCUGAUCACCAGCAAGGGUUCUGAGCUCUGCUUCGCCGACUUUGAGAUAGAGGAYGGUUUUAUCCCUGUCUGCAGCCUGGGCAUGUCCCAGAUCGGCCACAUGAACCUGGGCAAAGACGCGAGCACCUUUAAGUACUACACCAUGUGUGGCCUCCAGGAGGGCUUUGAGCCUUUUGCCGUCAACAUGAACCGAGAGAUAACCAUGUGGUUCAGCAAGCGCUUGCCCACGUUUUUCAACGUGCCUCAGGACCACGAACAUAUUGAGGUGACACGGAUCGAUGGAACAGUGGACAGCCCCCCCUGCCUUAAAGUCACUCAUAAGACGUUUGGAACCCAGAACAGCAACAGUGACAUGGUUUACUGCAGGCUGAGCAUGCCUGUGGAGUUUUACUCUGCAGACAGGUUACUGGACGAGUCACUGAAACUCAGCCAUCCUCCUAAAGAAGAUGGAAGCAUCGACUAUGGAAGCAUCCACACUUACUACCACUCAGUGAGAGUGUUUGCUGGGCAGGACCCUGCCUCGGUGUGGGUGGGCUGGGUCACACCUGACUAUCAUUAUUACAACAAGAACUUCGGUCUGAGCAAGACGCAAACUGUCACCGUCACCCUGGGAGACGAGAGGGGCCGGGUCCACGAGAGCGUUCAGAGGAGUAACUGCUACAUGGUGUGUGCGGCCGACGCCGUCAGCCCCUCCUCCUCCAGCCACUCCAACUCCGACCUGGAAAUCGGCUGUCUGAUCGACCUGGGCACGGGCUUCGUCUCCUUCACCGCCAACGGCACCGAGCUGCCUACAGCAUAUCAGGUGGAGCCGAACACCAAGCUCUUCCCUGCUGUUUUUGUCCGCCCCACCAGUUCAAACCUCUUCCAGUUUGAAUUUGUCAAGAUAAAGGAUGCCAUGCCGCUGUCGUCGGCCAUCUUCAGAAGUGAACAGAGGAACCCGGUGCCGCAGUGCCCGCCGAGACUAGACGUGCAGACCAUCGUGGCCGUGCUCUGGAGUCGGAUGCCCAACACCUUCCUGAACGUGGAGACGGCUCGGGUCAGCGAACGGCACGGCUGGGUGGUCCAGUGUCUAGAGCCCCUGCAGAUGAUGGCUGUACACAUACCUGAAGAGAACAGGUGUUUGGACAUCCUAGAGUUAUCAGAGCACGAGGACCUGAAGAAGUUCCACUACCACACUCUGAAGUUGUACUGCGCCCUCUGUGCUCUGGGAAACAACCGUGUUGCCCACGCUCUGUGCAGUCAUUUGGACCAGUCUCAGCUGCUCUACACCAUUGACAACCAGUACCUGUCAGGCAUGCUCAGACAGGGCUUCUAUGAUGUCCUCAUCAGCAUCCAUCUGGAAACAGCAAAGGAGGCACGCCUGAUGAUGAACAACGAGUUCAUCAUCCCUGUGACGGAUGAGACUCGCUCCAUCAAACUCUUCCCCGAUGAGUCCAAGCGCCACUCGCUGCCCGGCGUGGGCCUGAGCACCUCGCUGACGCCCCGGGUCAACUUCUCCCCCGUCUGCAUCAUCAACACCAAACGCCAGCARUUCCUCUACAGCCCCCAGAUCCCGCUGGGCGUCCUGAAGGAGAAGGCCAUCAGCAUGCUGACCGAAGCCGUGCAGGGAGGGGGCUCGCACAUCCGGGACCCCGUGGGCGGGAGCCUGGAGUACCAGUUCGUCCCCAUCCUGAAGCUCAUCGCAACGCUGCUCAUCAUGGGGGUCCUGACCAGCGACGAGGUGAGGCUGAUCCUCCUCCUGAUCGAGCCCAACGUGUUCGGGGAGACCCGGGAGGGCGAGGAAGCCAAGGGGGACGAGGCGGCCGGGGAGAAGGAGGAGGUGAGCAAGAACGAGGAGAAGGCCGUGGAGGCGGGAGAGGAGGAGACCAAGGAGGGUAAACCACCUGCCAAAAGUCUGCUGGAGAAGUCUCUGCCCGAGUCCGUCAAACGCCAGAUGUGCGAGCUGCUGCAUUACUUCUGCGACUGUGAGCUGAAGCAUCGCAUCGAAGCCAUCGUCUCCUUCUCCGACAGGUUYGUUUCCAAGCUGCAGUUUAACCAGAAGUUCCGCUACAACGAGCUGAUGCUGGCGCUCAACAUGUCUGCCGCCGUCACUGCCAAGAAGACYAAAGAGUUCCGCUCUCCGCCUCACGAGCAGAUCAAUAUUCUGCUGAACUUUGACGCGGGAGAUGACUGUCCCUGUCCUGAGGAGGUCCAGGAGGAGCUCAAGUCCUUCCAUGAAGAAUUACGACUCCACUGUGGAAUCCCAGUGGAGGAGGAGGAGGAAGAGCAGGACACUUCAAUAAAAGGCCGUCUCCUGUCUCUGCUCUACAAGAUUAAAGGUCCACCUCAGAAGACCGAAGAGGAGCCCAAAGAGACAGAACAGGCUGCUCCAACCAACCUGAAGGAGCUGAUUUCUCAGACUAUAACCAGCUGGGCUCAGGAGUCCCACAUCCAGGACCCUGAGCUGGUCCGAGUGAUGUUCAGCCUGCUCAGGAGGCAGUACGACGGCAUCGGUGAACUGCUGCGGGCCAUGAAGAAGUCCUACACCAUCAGUGCUGCGUCCGUGCAGGAUGCUAUCAACCUGCUGGCCUCUCUGGGUCAAAUCAGGUCUCUGCUCUCAGUACGGAUGGGCAAAGAAGAGGAGAAGCUCAUGAUCGAUGGACUCGGGGACAUCAUGAACAACAAAGUUUUUUACCAGCAUCCCAAUCUGAUGAGAGUUCUGGGCAUGCACGAGACCGUCAUGGAGGUCAUGGUCAAUGUUCUGGGAGGAGACAAGUCCCAGGAAAUUGCCUUCCCWAAGAUGGUGGCAAGCUGCUGCCGUUUCUUGUGCUAUUUCUGUCGGAUCAGCCGUCAGAACCAGAAAGCCAUGUUUGACCACCUGAGCUACCUGCUGGAGAACAGCAGCGUCGGACUGGCGUCUGAGGCCAUGCGGGGCUCCACUCCUCUGGAUGUUGCAGCAUCCUCAGUGAUGGACAACAACGGCCUGGCCCUGGCUCUGGAGGAACCGGAUCUGGAGAAGGUGGUGACGUACCUGGCAGGAUGUGGUCUCCAGAGCUGUGCCAUGCUAGUCGCCAAGGGAUACCCGGACCUCGGCUGGAACCCCAUAGAGGGAGAGCGCUACCUGUCCUUCCUGAGAUUUGUGGUCUUCUGCAACGGUGAGAGCGUGGAGGAGAACGCCAACGUGGUGGUGAAGCUGCUGAUCCGACGUCCCGAGUGUUUUGGCCCCGCCCUGAGGGGAGAGGGAGGACAGGGUCUGUUGGCCGCCAUGAAAGARGCAAUAAAGAUCUCUGAAGAUCCCACUCUAGACCUCCCAAAGACCCCUGCUGGAGCUGCUCCAGGGUCUGGGGAGGAGGAGGGAGAAGUUAUUCACAUGGGAAACGCCAUCAUGUCCUUCUACUCGGCCCUUAUCGACCUGCUGGGACGCUGCGCUCCAGAGAUGCAUCUUAUAAAUGCAGGUAAAGGUGAGGCGCUGCGUAUCAGAGCCAUCCUGCGCUCUCUGGUUCCCACGUCAGACCUGGUGGGCAUCAUCAGCAUCCCCCUCAACAUGCCGGUCAUCAAUAAAGAUGGCUCAGUGACAGAACCUGACAUGUCCGCUCGUUUCUGUCCGGACCACAAGGCCCCCAUGGUGCUGUUUCUGGAAAGGGUUUAUGGCAUCGAGGACCAGAGCUUCCUGCUGCAGAUGCUGGAGGUGGGCUUCCUGCCCGACCUCAAAGCCUCUGCRUCUUUGGACACGGAAGUGUUGAGCACCACGGAGACGGCGUUGGCCAUGAACCGGUACAUCGGCUCGGCCCUGCUGCCUCUGCUGACCCGCUGCGCCGCUCUGUUCUCCAACACGGAGCACUACGCUCAGCUGGUCGACGCCACGCUGGAAACCAUCUACCGGCUGUCCAAAGGCCGCUCGCUCACCAAAGCCCAAAGGGACGCCAUCGAGGAGUGUCUGCUCGCCAUCUGCAGGCAUCUGCGCCCCUCUAUGAUGCAGCAGCUGCUCAGACGGCUGGUGUUUGAUGUUCCCCUGCUCACUGAAUACUGCAAGAUGCCUCUGCGGCUGCUGACCAACCACUACGAGCAGAACUGGAAGUACUACUGCCUCCCUUCAGGGAUGGCUGGUUUUGGGAUGGCUUCUGAGGAGGAGCUGCUCCUCACCAAGAAACUCUUCUGGGGAAUCUUCGACUCUCUUUCUCAGAAGAAAUAUGACUCUGAACUGUUCAAAAUGGCCAAGUCCUGCCUGUGUGCCAUCGCUGGAGCUCUGCCUCCGGACUUCGUGGACACCAGUUUGGGGGCGACGCUGGAGAAACAGGAAUCUGUGGACGCACAGGGAAACUUUGAACCCAAACCCAUCAACACUGCCAAUAUUUCCCUUCCUGAAAAACUUGAGUACAUUGCCAACAAGUACGCAGAGCAUUCCCAUGACAAGUGGGCCUCAGAGAAGAUGUCAGCUGGUUGGAAACAUGGAGACAGUGUGGAUGAAGAGAACAAAACACAUCCUCUGCUGAAACCUUACAAAGCUUUGGGUGAGAAGGAGAGGGAAACGUACCGCUGGCCUGUGAGGGAGUCUUUGAAGAGCAUGUUGGCCAUGAACUGGARCAUCGAGAGGACCAAAGAGGGCGAGGCCAUGUUCCAACAACGAGAGAGUGAAAAACAGCGCAAGCUCUCAGAGACUCAGACUAACGGCUUCAGUCCGGCUCCGAUGGACCUCAUGAACGUCACCUUGUCYCGAGAGCUGCAGAGCAUGGUGGAGGUGGUGGCAGAAAAUUACCACAACAUCUGGGCUAAGAAGAAGAAAUCUGAACUCCUGAGCAAAGGAGGAGGUUUGGCUCACCCACUGCUGGUUCCCUACGACACCCUGACGGCUAAAGAGAAGUACAGAGACAAAGAGAAGGCCCAGGACCUUUUCAAGUUCCUGCAGAUCAGUGGCUACGCCAUCACAAGAGGUUUGAAGGACAUGGAGCAGGACUCGUCCUCCAUGGAGAAACGUUUUUCCUACAAGUUCCUGAAGAGGCUACUGAAAUGUGUCGAUUCAGCUCAGGAGUUCAUCGCUCAUCUCGAGGCCAUGGCCACCAGUGGGAAGACUGAUAAGUCGCCUCACGACCAGGAAAUCAAGUUCUUUGCCAAGGUGUUGCUUCCAUUGAUGGAUCAGACGUUUAAGAACCACUGCCUCUACUUCCUGUCCACACCCAGUAAGAACCUGAGCAGCUGUGGCUGCGCCUCCAACAAAGAGAAGGAGAUGGUCACCAGUCUGUUCUGUAAGAUGGCAGCUCUUGUUAGACACAGGAUUUCUCUCUUUGGGAGUGACUCUGCAGUGAUGGUGAGCUGUCUGCACAUCCUCUCUCACUCGCUCGACACCAGGACAGUGAUGAAGUCCGGCGCAGAGCUGGUCAAGGUCGGGUUCAAGUCCUUCUUUGAGAACGCAGCUGAGGACCUGGAGAAGCUGGUGGAGAUGCUGAAGCUGGGGAAGUUCAUGCAGUCUCGUGCUCAGCUGAAGAGCGUCACUCAGAGCAUCAACUAUGUGACGGUGGCUCUGCUGCCCAUCCUCACCGCCCUGUUCGAACACAUCACCAUCCACCAGUUCGCCGUGGAUUUGCUUCUGGAUGAUGUGCAGCUGUCCUGCUAUCGAAUCCUGAUGUGUUUCUACAGCCUGGGAACUGGAAAGAAUGUCUUUGUGGAGAGGCAUCUUCCAGCGCUGGGGGAGAGUCUGGCCAUCCUGGUGGGAGCCAUGCCCGUGGCGUUUCUGGAGCCUCACCUGAACGCCCACAACCCACUCUCAGUCUUUAACACCAAGACCCCUCGAGAGCGAGCCAUCCUCAGUAUGCCCGACACGGUGGAAGAGAUGUGUCCAGAGAUGCCUCGGCUCGACAAGCUGCUCAAAGACGUCAACGACGUCUCAGAGUCCGGUGCGCGUUACAGCGACAUGCCGCAGGUCAUCGAGGUGGUCCUCCCCAUGCUGUGCAACUACUUGUCCUACUGGUGGGAGAAAGGUCCGGAAAACUCUCCACCGGACACUGACUGCUGCACCAUGGUGACCUCUGAACACCUCAGCAUCAUUCUGGGAAACAUUCUGAAGAUCCUCAACAACAACCUGGGCAUCGAGGACGCCCCCUGGAUGAAGAGGAUCGCAGUCUACUCUCAACCAAUCAUCUGCAAAGCUGGAGCUGAUUUGUUAAGAACCCACUUCCUGCCCACACUGGAGAAACUAAAGAAGAAGACGGUGAAGGUGGUGUCAGAGGAGGAGCAGCUGAAGGCCGACAGUAAAGGAGACAACCAGGAGGCAGAACUGCUCAUCCUGGAUGAGUUUGCUGUUCUCUGCAGAGACCUUUACGCUUUUUAUCCCAUGCUCAUUCGUUAUGUGGACAAUAAUAGAUCCAGGUGGUUAAAGGAGCCGGACGCAGACUCCACUGAGCUCUUCAGGAUGGUGGCUGAGAUCUUCAUCCUCUGGUGCAAGUCUAACAACUUCAAGCGAGAGGAGCAAAACUUUGUCAUCCAGAAUGAGAUCAACAACCUGGGCUUCCUGACCGGAGAGGGCAAAACAAAGAUGUCUAAGUCUGGUGGGGACCAGGAGAGGAAACACAAACGCCGUCGCGGUGAAUAUUACUCAAUCCAGACGUCGCUGAUCGUGGCGGCUCUGAAGAAGCUGCUGCCUAUCGGCCUGAACAUGUGCACCCCAGGAGACCAGGAGCUCAUCUCUCUGGCCAAGAUACGCUACAGUCUGAAAGAUACAGACGAUGAAGUGAAGGAGUACCUGCAUCAGAAUCUGCACCUGCAGGAAAAGUCUGAUGACCCGGCAGUUUAUUGGCAGCUGAACCUUUAUAAAGAUGUGGUGGUGAAGAGUGAGGGACCGGCAGACUCGGAGCGCACAGUGGACAGAAUCCAGAGCAUCUCUGCUGCAGUCUUCCAUCUGGAGCAGGUUGAACAGCCUCUGAGGAACAAGAAGUGUGUGGGGCAGAAGCUGCUGUCCAAACAGCGUAAACGAGCUGUGGUGGCUUGUUUCCGCAUGGCUCCACUUUACAAUCUGCCCAGGCAUCGCGCUAUCAACCUCUUCAUCCCGGCCUAUGAGAGACUUUGGAUAGAGGCAGAGGAGUACUCUUUUGAGGAGAAGCUAGUUCAGGAUCUGGCAAAAACUCCGAUGAAGAUUGUGGAGGAGGAGGAAGARGAGGCGGCUGAGAUCCGGCCUGACCCUCUGCACCAGCUCAUCCUCCACUUCAGCCACAACGCUCUGACGGAGAGAAGCCACUUGGAAGAAGACCCUUUAUAUAUUGCGUAUGCAGACAUGAUGGCAAAGAGCUGUGCAGAGGAUGAAGAAGAGGAGGAAGAAGAAGGGAAGGAGAAAACAUUUGAGGAAAAGGAGAUGGAGAAGCAGAAAAUCCUGUAUCAGCAGGCGAGGCUGCACGCUCGUGGGGCAGCAGAAAUGGUGCUGCAGAUGAUCAGUGCCAGUAAAGGUCGUCUGGGCCCCAUGGUGACCUGCACUCUCAAACUGGGCAUCUCCAUCCUAAAUGGAGGCAAUGUGCAAGUUCAGCAGAAAAUGCUGGAUUACUUGAAAGAAAAAAGAGACGCAGGCUUCUUCAAGAGCUUGUCAGGACUGAUGCAGUCCUGCAGUGUCCUGGACCUGAACGCGUUUGAGCGGCAAAACAAAGCAGAAGGACUUGGCAUGGUGACAGAGGAGGGUUCAAUCCACACUAAGCGGGGCUCCAAGGUGCUUCAGAACGACGAGUUCACCAAAGACCUGUUCCGGUUUCUGCAGCUCCUCUGUGAGGGGCACAACGGAGAUUUCCAGAACUUCCUGAGAACCCAAACUGGAAACACAAUGACGGUCAACAUCAUCAUCAGCACCGUUGAUUAUCUGCUUCGUCUUCAGGAAUCCAUCAGUGACUUCUACUGGUAUUAUUCUGGAAAAGAUGUCAUUGAUGAAACCGGGAAGSUGAACUUCUCCAGAGCUUUAUCUGUAGCCAAGCAGAUAUUUAACUCCCUGACUGAGUACAUCCAGGGGCCUUGCAUUGGAAACCAGCAGAGCUUGGCUCACAGCAGACUGUGGGAUGCAGUUGUGGGCUUCCUGCACGUGUUUGCGAACAUGCAGAUGAAGCUGUCGCAGGAUUCCAGUCAGAUUGAGCUGCUGAAGGAGCUGAUGGACUUACAGAAGGACAUGGUGGUCAUGUUGCUGUCUCUCCUGGAGGGUAACGUGGUGAACGGCACCAUUGGGAAGCAGAUGGUCGACACUCUGGUGGAGUCUUCCAGCAACGUGGAGAUGAUCCUGAAGUUCUUCGACAUGUUCCUCAAGCUGAAGGACCUCACAACAUCCGACAACUUCAGGGAGUACGACCCGGAGUGCAAGGGCAUCAUCUCCAAGAAGGAGUUCCAGAAGUCCAUGGAGAGCCAGAAGCAGUACAGCCAGUCAGAGAUCGAGUUCUUGCUGUCGUGCGCUGAGGCCGACGAGAACGACAUGUUUAACUACAAGGAGUUCGUGGAGCGGUUCCACGAGCCGGCCAAAGACAUCGGCUUCAACGUGGCCGUGCUGCUGACCAACCUGUCCGAACACAUGCCCCACGACUCGCGGCUGGCCACCUUCCUGGACCUGGCUGAGAGCGUGCUCAGCUACUUCGAGCCGUACCUGGGUCGCAUCGAGAUCCUGGGCAGCGCCAAGCGCAUCGAGAGGGUUUACUUCGAGAUCAGCGAGUCGACGCGCGAGCAGUGGGAGAAGCCGCAGGUGAAGGAGUCCAAGCGCCAGUUCAUCUUCGACGUGGUGAACGAGGGCGGGGACAGCGAGAAGAUGGAGAUGUUCGUCAACUUCUGCGAGGACACCAUCUUUGAGAUGCAGCUGGCCUCGCAGAUCUCCGAGCCGGACGCCGUGGAGCAGCCGGAGGAGGAGGACGAGGAGGAGGGACACAGCCUCCUGGAGGAGCUCUCGGACGAGGAGGUCCAGGAGUCGGCCUCGGCAUUCACCACGGCGUGUCGCUCCGUCAGGCAGAAGGUCGCAGACGUCCGGCAGGUCUUUACUCUUAAAAACAUCCGCAAGCAGCUGAAGAAGAUGAAGAAGCUGAGCAUGAAGGAGCUCAUCACGGGCUUCUUCUCCUUCUGCUGGAUGCUCUUCAUCGGCUUCUUUAAAGGAAUCUUCAGCCUCGUCUUCGGCUUCUUCCACCUGAUCUGGUCCUCCAUGUUCGGGGGAGGGCUCGUGGAGGGAGCCAAGAACAUGAAGGUGACCGACAUCCUGGGCAACAUGCCCGACCCCACGCAGUUCGGCAUCCACGGCGACGUGGGCGAAGGAGAUAAGGUGGAGGCUGUGGAGUCAUCAGGAAGCCUGGACAAGACCAUGACGCCCAGCGGAGACGCAACGGACGUGGACGUGAUGCUGGAGAUGCUAACGGUGCCCAAAAAGGAAGGAGGCAAACAUGUGGAGCCGGGCCUGGGUGAUGUUUCUGAGCAGAGCGCCGAUUCUUCCUCUGCAGACCACAAGAAG